CUUGUUUCAGCGUGCUUUGUUGGCACUCGGUUUCCUUGCAUUUUCGCUCUGUAGACAUCAAAAGCUUUUGGUAAAUACCAGUAGAUACCAUGUUCUCUUGUUGUCGAAACAGUACUUCCGCCAUUCAAACAGAAAAGGAAGGUAAAACGGAAAGCCUCUCGCGAACGAAUACUAGCCAAGCCAAUCUCGUACGUCGUACAUCAGUCUACUUCGAUUCCGCCAAGGACUCCAGUGAUAUUCAAGAAUGCAUUCCGAGCGAUGAUGAUUCUGAGAUUUUCAUGGACGCCGUGCAAGACUUAAAAGAUAUGUAUCCUAUUAUUACGACAAGCUACAUACCACCUGCACCACGUCGGGUUUCCAUGCUCGAACCGGAUAGUAUGCUGAGAGCGACGCAUCUGAACGAACCGGAUACGAUACUACAAGCCAAACCGGUGCAGCAAAGGCUACGGCUCCCGCCAGUUCUUGAAAAAAGAUCGAGUAGCCGUGCUACUCGGAAAGCCCAGCGCCGCCCGACCGCUGCAGCGAAACAGGAUUUAGUCAACCCUCACGUGGUGAUUCAGGAGCGAGGCUAUCCCGGACAACUCAGCAACGACGAACUCGCUCAGGCGCAGAAAUUUUACCGAGCCAUACACGGGGACGACGCCGCCGUUCGGGAUAUUGUGUAUUCCCUGAACACUGUCGAAGAAGAACCCUACGCAAUUUGUCGCUUUCUGCGAGCGACCCAGUUUGACGCCGACAAAAUCGUGCAACGGUUGCAAGACGGUCUCGAUUUAUGGAAAGAUGCUUCCGCCGCCAAUUUUUACCCCGACUUGAGCGACGCCAUUGGCGCGCCCGUUCCGGUCUUCCUACAAUUCUACCCGUACUGCUACUUCGGUACCGCGAAGAACGGGUGUCCCGUUUCCUAUUUCAAAGCCGGUCGGUUCGAUGUUGAGGGUUUGCUUGCCAUGACAACAACCGACAAAACGGCAUCGUAUUUUUGGCAUUCCAACAUGUAUAGUUUUCGAGAUUUGCUGCAGAAAACGAAAGAAUCCCAACCCGAAUUUGUACGCUGUGAAGCCAUCAACGUGAUCGACUUGACCGGUUUGUCGGCCAGCCAAUUCUCUAACGACACUAUGGAUGCGCUCAAAAUCAUUAGCAAAAUCGGGGACUACUUUCCGGAAACGAUGCAUUGCCUUAUCGUACUGAACGCCCCGACAUGGUUUUCUAUGACCUGGCGCAUCAUUCAAGGUUUUAUUGACCCGCGCACCGCCAAAAAGAUUCAGGUCUUUGGUAGCGAGACGAAAGGACGGAAUCGUCUUUUUGAAUUGGUGGACGAAUCAGAAGUCCCUACCGACUUUGGAGGCAAGGCUGGCUCCACAGACUUGACAAUUCGAAAGUUAGCUUUUGGGAAUGACUGGAACAAAAGGCGACUGGCAGUCGAUCUCAUGCACGUCAAACGUAACGGUAAGAGCAAGACUUUUGAAUGGACGCUGAACGCCAACGAGGAAAUGACGCAAGUUCAAGUCUUUUCGCGUUCGGUGACUCCUUGCUCCAUCACGUUGACCCAAAAGGGUGGCGCCGUCGUAGCUGAUCAGGUAGCGAUCGAGCGUCCGCAUGGAAAUACCACGUUCACCGCUGCCAAAGAAGCGCUACCGUUUGUGACAACGAUUCCUAUGGCGAACGCUCCAAUUCGUGGGCCGGGAACAUUCACUGUCGAGGCCUCUGACAACAAAGAAUCUUCAACCGUAAACAAGAAGCUCCCUUCCGGAUUUUUCCUCUUCGUCGCGGACAUUCGGCAGACUGAGUAAUUCUGUUAUCAAAGUACCAGUACGCAACUACGAAGGAAAAUCGGGAAUGUUUCGGCGUGACAAUAUUGUAAAAAUUAAUUAACGGGGAAAAUCAUAUUUUC